AUGGCGGAGAAGCGGAAGCUCCUCGCCGAGAUUGAUAAAUGCUUCAAAAAGAUCGAUGAGGGCGUAGAGCUGUUUGAAGAGACGAUGGUGAAGAUGCAAGAAGCGAACAGUGAUAAUCAACGAGAGAAGUAUCAGGAUGAUUUGAAAAAGGAAAUUAAAAAAUUGCAACGGUUGAGAGAUCAAGUAAAAGGGUGGCAAAACUGUUCGGAAAUUAAGGAUAAAGAUAAGCUAACGCAUUACCGUAAAGUAAUUGAACAACGGAUGGAGCAGUUCAAGGAUAUCGAGAGAGAAAACAAAACGAAACCGCAUAGCAAACAGGGCCUAAGUGCGGAGGAGAAGUUAGAUCCACGAGAAAAAGAAAAGGUAGACACGAUAGAAUGGUUGCAGAGUCAAAUCCGUGAGCUUAGCGAUGAGGCGGAUCGCACAGAAUCACAGAUUGAAUCGAUAUCUUCUGUGGAUGCGGGAAAACGACGCGGAAAGAAGGAAGAUGGAAAGAAAGGUGAAAAAGAGGUGCGUAAAGGACACUCAUUGGUAUGUAUGAGAAUGGUGAAUAAUGAGUCUUUGGAGUCUAAACGAGUGAUGGAAGUGUUGAAAGACCCGUUGGAAAUGUAUGUAGAUGCGCUAGUUGAUCCAGAUUACGAAGGUGAUACCGAUCACUUGGAGACUCUUGAUCCUGAAGAUGCUUAUGAGGAGCUGAAUUUGUUAGCGCUUAGUGCACAGAUUGGCGGCAUCCAGGUCGGUCCACUCGAUGAGGAGAAGGAGAAUGGUGAGUUUAUAUGA